CGGACGUAACCGUACGGGGUCCGGUUGCCAUGGGCAACGCCGCAGUUCAGCAGCAACUGAAACUUUCUUGUAUCCGAAUGCGACCUUGAAGUCUGAGAUCUUCUUGUGGUCUUCACUGCGGUACUUUGAGUAUGGUCUCCCCGCACAGAAACCCGAAAGAUCUCAUACAGAUGAUCAGGAGCACCAACGAGGCUCAGAACAUGGAUGAUAUGCACAAGUGUUUGGGGAGAACUUCACCGGAGGACCAGACCGAGUUGGGGCCGCUGUGGGCCCGGGAGAAGGACCAGACCGAAGUGGUGACGCUGAGGUCCCUGGUAGAUGGGCAGACCGAUAUGGGGCCGCUGCGGUCCCGGGUGAAGGACCAGACCGAGCUGGGGCCUCUUCGGUCCCGGGUGGAGGAGCAGUCCGAGGUGGGGCCGCUGCAGGCCCGGGUGGAGGAGCAGUCCGGGCUGAUUGGGGUGUUAAAGCAGAGGUCCGACCAGGCGCGUCUCCGCUGCCAGGCGCUGCAGAAGGUCAACGAGGAGCUGGAGGCUCGAGGGGCAGCUGGUCAGAAAGAGCUGGACUCGGAGAGGGCGAGGGUAAGGCUGUUGGAGAAGAGGUUUAACGACCUGGCCGUGAACCAUCAAGGGAUUGUCGUGUUCAAAGAUGACUAUAAAAGACACAACUUCCAGCUUUUAGAGGAAAACAAACUUUUAAGGUCAGAGAAUGAGGCGCUCUUUUCACAGAAAUUACUUGAUCAAGAGACUCUAAUAGGUAAACUGCGACAAGAUAUUCACCUGAAUGAAGAGAAACACGAAGAUAUGGAAAAGAACUUAAGGGACCAAGAAGCUGGAUGGAAGGCAAAGAUGUUAAAACAGAAAUACCUUACACAAUGGCAGGAAGCAGCACAGUUAAAAAGACUUCAUGACACCCAGGACAGUCUUAAAUCAGCAGAGGAUAUGUGUAAAGAUCUGAAGCACCAGCUACAAGAGGCAGCAGAUGGACGUGCUUUGAUGGAGACCGAAAUGAAGCAGAAGAUAAACAGCCUCUGUGCAGAAAAAGACAUCUUCAUAAAUCUGUCGGUCGAAAGAGGAAAAGUCUUACAGGAAAUGCAAGAGAAAAUUCAGCAGUUGGAGAUUAAGUUGGAAGAAGUGGAAAAGUUGAAGACCAGAGCAGAGAACAGGUUCCAGCAGGAAGCAGAAGCGGUCAACAUUAACGUGAAGGUUAUGAAUCUCCAACGUGCUCUCGAUGAAGCAGUGAAGAAAAACGAGAAGGCCAGAGAGGUUGGUUACAACAGAACAACUUUACUGUUUUAUCAAGGAAAUAUAUUGUAUAGCCUUGAAAGCAUGUGUGUGAUUAUUCCAUAGAACUUUGAAGCCUACAAAGACCACAGCGCCCACCUACUCACCCGGGAAAAAGAGCUAAAUGCACAGCUUCGCAACACGUUUGGUUGAACAACGAUGCUUCAGCAAUGACGCGACUGAUCAACAAUAAUGAAAAUCGUUGUUCGUUGCAACUAAACAUUUAAAUAUGGGAAAAAUAAAAAUUAAAAAAA